ACGUUUUCCCUCUCGCUCAGCAGUCAGGACCAGAGGCCCGGGGCCUCUCUCCCUCUGCUCGCGUCGCGUCUCGCACUCUCGCCUAGUCGCCUAGCAGGCUAGCACUGCUCCUCCACCUCGUGUCGCACUACUCACUGGAGUAGUAAGUAUAUAGAACCGUCUCCACAUCUCCACAACCUCCAGGGGGUCCAUCCAUCAUUCCAUCGUCGAGUCACGUCUCGUGCGUGCGCAGCCCAGGAACAUCGAGCCCCCCCACGCCGACCGGCGGCCUGCCGUGAGCACGUUGCCGAUGGCUGCCAUGCCCACGGACAGCAUCACCCGCCGUUUCGCCGUCGCGUGCGGCGUGCUCAGCCAGCACGUCAGGAACGGCGGCGCGCCGUUCCUGACGAAGCAUGCGCAGGCCGGAGCCGGAGCCGGAGCCGGACCCGCCGCAGCCCAGGAGAUGAUCGCCGGCUCGCCGCAGCAGCUGACCAUCCUCUACGGCGGGAGGGUGGUGGUGCUGCUGGACGCCUGCCCGCCCGAGAAGGCGGCCGAGCUGAUCCGCCUCGCCGCCGCGGCCGCGCAGCAGGGGCCGCAGCCGCCGCCGGAGCAGGCGCUUGUGGACAUGCCCAUCGCCAGGAAGGCCUCGCUGCGGCGCUUCCUCGCCAAGCGCAAGGACAGGUCCUCCUUCUACGAGGACGACGAGACGCCCGAGCCCAAGAAGGGCAAGAUGGCGGCGGCGAGCGAGGAGCAUUCCUCUUCUUGGCUCGCGCUCGGCAGCCUGUGCUCCAUGCACGGCCGCUGAGAUCGCCGGACGUGGUUCGUGUCUGUCGACCCGGCCAUUGGAGGCGUUGUAGGCUUGUACUGUAGCAGCAAUUUACUUAUGCUUGUGCUACCUACGUAAUUACCCCUACCUACUAUCAUAUGCGUGCUCCGUCGGAGAGCGACAGCACGUACUAUUCGUUCGUAUCCUUCGUUGGUGGUGGUGGUGGUGGUGUAUCAUCUAUCUAUUCUAAUCUAACCAGACAUGUGAACC